GCUAAAAAUAAUUUAUCAACUUAAGCAACUAAUUUUUCAAAUAGUUAAACUAAUCAGCUAGUUUAUCAUUCUAACAUCUUAUCAGUUUUAAAUUUAUCUUAUUAAUUUCAAUUAACUUUUCAGUUUCAGAUUAUUUUUAGCUACUAUUAAUAUAUUUCGCUAAAAGUUAUAAAGAAAUUUAAUUUUCAAACAUACAUUUAGAUAAAUUCAACGAUAUCUUUCAUACUAAAUAAUUAGUCAAAAAAAAUUGAUUAAUACAAUGUUUCUAUAUGAAUAGAAGUAGGAAGUGGCCACGAGGGAGACAAUGGAAAACAUUAAACAAAGAUGAAUAUUUAAGGAAAUAGUAGGAGUGGAAAGUUUGUGGAGGACGACAAUCAUUUAUAGAAAGUCAAAAAUAAGAAAGAAGAUGUUUUAUCAUAUUAUAUAUUGAACAACCUAGCUGUCGGUUCACCAUGCCUCCAUCCCCCUUCAACUACUCAAAUAGUUAGGUAAUUUCCUCCAUUUUAAUCACCAAAUAUUGUGAAUCAGCUGGGCACAAAAUUGAGUUCACAUUGAGAUGAAUAAACUCGGGAUGGGGUCAGUAGUAGCACAGGUAGAAGGAAUAUUAGUGAGGGAUCCAGACCCGUUUCCAUACUUCAUGCUGAUCGCAUUUGAAGCCUCGGGUCCGAUUCGUUUUGCUUUGCUGCUCUUAUUCUGGCCUGUCAUCCGUUUGUUGGACUUACUAGGUAUGCAGGACUUUGGAUUUAGGCUUACCGUUUUCAUCGCGGUUGCUGGGAUCCGAAUAUCUGACAUAGAGUAUGUUGGGAGGGCGGUUCUUCCCAAGUUUUAUAUGGAUGAUAUGAAUAUGGAUGCUUGGAGAAUUUUUAACCAAUAUGGUAAACGAGUUGUUGUGACUAAAAGCCCUAGGUUGAUGGUGGAGAGGUUUGUGAAGGAACAUUUGGGUGCUGAGGAAGUUAUUGGCAGUGAGCUUGACACGAAUCGUUUCGGGUUUGCCACGGGUUUGGUUCGAAAUGUUGGGUCGAUCUCGUAUCGGGUUUCCAAGUUAUUUGGGAAUGAAAAGCCUUCCUUGGGCUUAGGGAGCUCGAUGGGAUCUAAUGGUACCACAUUCUUAUCACAUUGCGAGGAGAAAUGCCAUCCUCCUUUCGUACAUAAGCCAUUAGAAGAAUACGACCGAUCGAACCUCCCAAUUCCUGUGAUUUUUCAUGAUGGUCGACUUAUUAAGCUCCCGAAACCUGUAACAGCUCUCCUCAUCUUACUAUGGUUCCCCAUUGGAAUGCUGCUUGCAAUCAUCCGCAUAGUGUCCUUCAUAAUGCUUCCAAUGUCGGCACUUAAAUACGGGGUAAAGAUAAUGGGUCUUCGCAUGAUUGUGAAAGGCGAACCCACCUCCCCGCCGCCUUCCUCCUCCACCAGUGUCCUCUUUGUCUGCAACCAUCGCACUCUUUUCGACCCCGUAUUUGUCGCAAGCAUCUUGAAUAGAAGAAGGAUCGCCGCCGUCACUUACUCUCUCUCAUCUAUAUGUGAGGCCUUUGCACCUAUUCCAACUAUUCGUCUAUCUCGAAUUCGCAACACCGACGAAGAGAAGAUAAAACGAGAGUUGGCAAAAGGUGACUUGAUAAUCUGUCCUGAAGGAACUACAUGCCGUGAGCCUUUCCUCUUAAGGUUUAGUAGUCUUUUUGCAGAACUAACUGAUCAAAUCGUUCCCGUUGCCAUAAAUUAUAAGGCUCCAUUAUUCUACGCAACCACUGCUAGGGGAUGGAAGGCCUUGGAUCCAGUUUUCUUCGCUAUGAAUCCUACGUCGGUUUAUGAGUUCACUUUCUUAGAUAAGCUUCCCAUUGAGACUACUUGCUUCCAUGGUAAAACAUCAAUUCACGUCGCAAAUUAUGUGCAAAGACUAUUAGCUGCCACUCUCAAGUUCGGAUGUACCAACUUCACUAGGAAGGAUAAGUAUAGGUUAUUGGCAGGGAAUGACGGUACUGUUGCUACAAAUGUUGAUAAAUGUCCUACAUAAUACAUAGCUAAUUAUAACAAACUUCACGGUGCUUGCACAUUUAUUUUACUAUCAGAUUUUUUGUCUCUGGAAUUAACGGGAACAGGAACUAAGCAUAUUCAAUAAGCAGUUCACUGAUUAAGUGAGUAUAAAUUUAAAAUUUUGUUUUGUCCCAAAGGAAGAUAAAUUUGAAAAAAAAAAGUUCCUAAUUGAGUCUAUUGAAAGUUUUGAUCAUGUUUGUUCAUACUACAUGUGGGACUCUUCCCCCGUUUAAUGGGUUUCACUGCACUGAAAUCAUGUUUUUUUUUUUU